CGUUAAUAUUUGUCGGCGCAGGGCUCUGUUGUGAAUUGCCGAAAGUUAUUUAAUAAAUUAUUUUGUAAAAAUUUUAAAUUAAAAACAAAAUGUCUAUUGCAAAACGUGUGCAGCAAUGGGCUACAUUCGCCAGAACAUGGCACAUCUAUGAUUGCACCUGGCAAAACCCAUUCGAUUCAGCUAAAUUGAUUUCCAGACACCUGCAAGGCCUACAAAAACCUAUCUACCAUCCAAUGAUUUCAACACGUACUCUGAGUACACAACAUCUAUUUGCAUCGUCGUCAUCAACAGCGCCAGCGUCAGCUAAUACCAGAAGGUUCCAACAAACAAUUCCAUUGUAUUCGCUACAGAGUCAACGCAAAAUGGGUCGUCUAGGUAAAAUUGAUCCAAGUUCUUACUCCCAACCAGAAUUGAUUACCACACAACACAGUGUCUUGAGCUGGAAGGUAGAUUUUGAAAACACCAAGUUGAAGGGUUCAGUUACCCAUCGUUUUAAUGUGUUGGAAAAGGAUUUGCCUGCUAUUUUGUUGGAUGUACGUGAUGUUAAAGUUUUGAAUGCUGAAAUUGUUUCUGGAAAAUCUUCUAUUCCAUUGAAUCACUUUGUUAGCGAUCCUGUUGAUGAUAUUGGUGCUAAACUUACUUUGGAAUUACCACAGGGUACAGCUACUGGAGAUUUAUUCGUACGCAUCGAUUAUGAAACAGCCAGCAAUGCCAGUGGUCUUCAAUGGCUGAAUCCCGAACAAACUUUGGGCAAACAACAUCCCUAUAUGUUCAGUCAAUGUCAAGCAAUUCAUGCCCGUUCAAUUAUGCCUUGUCAAGACACUCCUGCUGUUAAAUUCACCUACGAAGCCACCGUAGAACAUCCCAAGGAAUUGACUGCUCUAAUGAGUGCUCUUGUUGCUAAGAAAGAAGACGGCGUGACCACUUUCAAGCAGGAGGUACCCAUACCAGCUUAUCUCUUAGCUAUUGCCAUUGGUAGAUUGGUUUCCAAACCUUUGGGCCCUAACUCUAAUGUCUGGGCUGAACAAGGAAUAAUUGAUGCCUGCGCUGAAGAAUUCUCACAAACAUCGGAAAUGUUGAAAACUGCUGCUGACAUCUGUGGACCUUAUGUAUGGAAACAAUAUGAUCUAUUGGUUAUGCCACCUUCUUUCCCCUUCGGUGGUAUGGAGAACCCUUGUUUAACUUUUGUUACACCUACCCUGUUGGCUGGUGACAAGUCUUUGGCUGAUGUGGUGGCUCAUGAAAUUGCUCACAGCUGGACUGGCAAUUUGGUGACCAACAAAAACUUUGAACAUUUCUGGUUGAAUGAAGGUUUCACCGUUUUCGUAGAGACAAAAAUUGUUGGACGUAUGCAAGGUUUGAAAGAGCGUGAUUUCCACAUGAUCCGCAACUUGACUGACUUACAAGAAUGUCUUCGUACUCAAUUGGCCAAUAGCCCCGAUUUGACAAAACUUGUUGUCGACUUGUCCAACUGUGGUCCUGAUGAUGCCUUUUCCAGUGUGCCUUACAUUAAAGGUUCUACCUUCUUGCGCUACAUUGAGGACUUGUUUGGAGGACCCGAAGUAUUCGAGCCCUUCUUGCGUUCCUAUUUGAAGAAAUUUUCUUACAAGUCUGUGGUCACCGAUGAUUUCAAAUCGGCCUUGUAUGAUUAUUUCAUUGACACCGAUAAAAAGGAUAAACUUAAUGAAAUCGAUUGGGAUCUUUGGUUAACAUGUGAGGGUAUGCCACCAAUUAUACCCAAAUUCGAUGAAACCUUGGCUAAUGUUUCCAAACAGUUGGCUACUUUGUGGAGCACUAAAACCGCCGAUGAAUUGGCAAAUAAUGCCGAUGUUAAACAAACUAUUUCCACACAUCAACUAAUUGAUUUCUUGGGCAAAUUAAUUGAAUGCAAGCAAAUCAAUGAUUUGUCUGAAAAGAAAAUUGAAUUGUUGGAAUCUAUUUACAACUUGAAGAACACUCAAAAUGCUGAAGUUCGCUUCCGUGUUAUGCGUUUGUGCAUAAUGGCUAAAUUAAUAAAUCGCUUGGACGAGAUUAUUGCCUUUGCCAACUCUAACUUCCGCAUGAAAUUCUGUCGUCCAAUUUAUCGUGAUUUAGCUCAAUGGCCUGAAGCCAAACCUAAGGCUGUGGAAAACUUUGAACGUGUUAAAGAUCAAAUGAUGGCUGUGUGUUCUCAUACCAUCGAAAAAGAUUUAGGUUUAAAAUAAAUCAUUUGAUGUUUUAUGUAUGAAAAUGCAUUUUAUUGAAUUGUGAAAAAAGAUUUACUAAAAAUAUUUUGUUUUGUAACCAUUUAAGUUUAAAUAAAGUUAUACAUAUU